GAUUGCGUGUGUCGUGACGGGGCCGGGGGUGAUAAAAAAUUGGUGAAGGGCAAGCCUGAGCUAGUGUAGCUCUGGUGUGUAUAGAGUACAAUAACGAGAUCGGUGGGACCUGGGCCGUGAUACGUGCUGGUGUACGGAGAGAAGAAGAAAGAAGAAAAAGUAUAUACAUAUAUGUGUACGUGAUGUACAGUGUGUUAAAUAGUGUGGUGUAGUGUUAGCUAACGGGUGUACUGUGUAUAGUAGUCCAAGUCGAGCAGACGACAGAGGAAUCGUCAGUUGAGUCGGAGCAGAACGAGCGUGGAGAGAGAGAGCAAGGUGGUGAGGGUGACGACUUGGUGCCGUGGAUGGUCGGCGGGUCGGACGGCCGUGGUGGAGUGUAGCUACGAAAAAUUUUAAAAAGUCUGUGGGUUUGGUUUUGUCGUUUUAAAUCCUAUCCCGUUAAUCCAAGAAACAAGAAAAGGAGCCAGAGUACACAGUUAUAUAUAUAAAAUAUAGAUACAUAUAUUUAUUGGUAUAUAUGUAUUACAUAUACACGUAUAUACAAGAUUGACAGAAGUGAGAGAGCGUGAUAGAACCGACGAAGAGGGAGAGAAUAAAGAGGGAGCGAACUGGGUGUCGAAGUUGGUGAGCGCGGAGGACAAGUGCCGGGAGCUCUUUCGGAGCUCCUCUUGUGUUGUGACGUUGGUAACGUAGGUGAAGAAAGGCUCGAGAAGAAGACAAGAAGCUGCUGCUGGUGAUCGCUGCAAUAAACCUGGAACAAUCAUGUCUGACAGGGAGAGCUUGGACGACCAACCGCAAAAGUAUGGAAAUUCCGGAGGCAUGGAUGCUGGAGGAGCUGACUUUGAUGCUGGUCAGCAUGGUCAACAGAGUGAACAAGAAUUGGCGACUAAGAUGCUUCAAAUACAAAGCAAGCGAUUCUACCUCGAUGUCAAACAAAAUAGACGCGGGAGAUUUAUCAAAGUUGCAGAGAUCGGAGCAGAUGGCAGGCGUAGUCAAAUAUUUCUAGCCUUAAGUACAGCCUCAGAAUUCCGUGAUCAUCUUUCGACGUUCAGUGAUUUUUACGCGUCGCUAGGUCCACCGAACCCGGAGAAUGUACCAGAGGAUGGAAAACUUAAAUCAGAAAUGAUGGUAAAAGACAAUAGGCGGUAUUAUUUGGAUCUUAAGGAAAAUUCCCGUGGCCGUUUCCUGCGGGUGAGUCACACUGUAUCUCAAACGAUAACACGAGGCGGUCCAAGAACACAAAUAGCUAUACCCGCACAGGGAAUGAUUGAAUUUCGUGAUGCACUAACGGAUCUUUUAGAAGAAUUCGGUGUCGACGAUGGUGGAUUCAAAGGUGAUUUACCUGAGGGUCGUUAUAUGCGCGUUGACAACAAAAACUUUUAUUUCGAUAUCGGACAAAACAAUCGUGGUAUUUACAUGAGAAUUUCCGAGGUCAAAACAAACUUCAGAACAGCCAUAACCGUGCCGGAAAAAUCUUGGUCACGGUUUCGUGAUAUAUUUGCGGAUUACUGUGAGAAAAUGAAAGAAGGCGGUGGAGGUGUCAGCUCUAGUGGAAUUGGAUCAGCUAGUUUAUCCGAUAGCAAGGGCGCUGUAGGAUCCGGAGCCCAAGUAUCACCAACCUCUGCCACUUCGCCUAAUCCAAAUCCAAAUUUAGACUCAAACCUCAUCAAGUGAACAAGGUUUUAAAAAAUUAAAACUCGAACAACAAUUAAAACAACAACAACUUUAACUCGUUUUAACGUCGCUGAGCGUAUUUAAAUACAACUUGUCAGAGCAUAUAUAUAUUUUCAUCAGCAUCAUUAUCAUCAUCAUCGCGCCGGCGCUAUCGUCACCGUCAUUUAAAAGCCAUCGUCAUUGCCAUCGAUAUCGUUCCCGUCGUACCAUCAUCGUCAUCACACAACACAAGACACUUAAUAUAUAUACAUCUAUAUAACACGUACGCAGUCGUACGUACCAUUAAAUUUAUAUAGACAAGUUAAAUUUAUUAUCUGUUUAUUUUUCAGUUAUUAUGAUCGUUAAUUUUUUUUUUCGUUAUUAAAACUAAUUAUGUUUAUGUAUAAGUUUGCCUCAAGGCCCAAACAAUUAUUAUUAUUUUGUUUGCAUUGUUCUAUUUUUUUUUUAAACUUGUCUUGUAUGUUUACAAUGGGAUUUUUUUUUUACGACAUACUUGUACGUAAAAAAUGUUAAUUAUUAUUUAAAAUUUAUAUUGCAACAGAGGUAAAGCAAACAAAUUGUUUAAUAUUUUAAUGUAAGUCGGCUUUGCCUCAACUAAUUAAUUUUAGCAAAAAAAAAAAAAUAUUUUGUUAUGUUAUAAUUGAAUUUGAUUGUUCAGAAUUUAUGGAUACAUUAUUAUGUAAGUAAGCAAAAGACAAAAUUAAUAUUCGCGUCUCGUUUCUUUCUGUUCAUUAUUAUUGUUAUUAUUAUUGUUAUUAAUUUUUUUUCUUUCUUAAUAACGGCAACUUUGAAAACAAAGAAAAGGAGGACACACGACGGUUGCUCUAUUAAAUGGGCAUCUUUCUACCUCGAGAAAUUACAUUCAGUAGGGACUAUUGUCUUCGCCAGAGUAACGAUGACAAGUCACCUCAGCCUUUAUUCCGAAAAAUAAUAUUUUAGUUUUAUUUUAUUAAAACUUUAUUUCUUUAAUUAUCUUUAUAUUUAUUUCGGUGACUGUCGUUCUUCCGCAAUUAAAAAUAUUAAAAUUAAUAAUGAUAAUAAUAAUAAUAAUUAAUAGAAAAUUGUCAUUGGGAACCGUGACAUCACUCGUUGAGUAAAUAUUAAAAUAACAAAUUGAUAAAUAAAUAUAUACAUAAUUAUAUGUAAUUAAAUGAAAUAAAAUUAUCGUAGGUCAAAGUGUUAGCCGCAUUUAAA